UUUUUCUAGAAAAGAUAAAGAAUUGGGUUUCUAUUGUAGCAGGAGGGAACAGGCCCGAUCUAGGAAGUUAUGGAUCUGUGCAGACCCAGCAGGCAGAGGAGAAGUGCAUGGUCCCAGGCCUCAGAAAGAAGGGCUGAACCUCAGAGUCUCGGGGACCUGAAGAUCUGACCCUGUAUCCCCCAACCCACCCUUACAAACUACAUUCCACCUCUGUUGUCUCCAGACUUCUCUCAAGCAAACCUGAGAUUGAGAAUCCUGACACUUCCAACCCAAGAAGUCCCUUCCUUCCACCGAAUGGGAUCCUCCCUUCCUGACCUUACUGGUCCCACCUCCUCCAGGAAGCCCUCCUGAGGAUGCUCACCUAGCACGAACUCAGAGUUGAUGGCCCUGUGCAGGCUGUGUCAAUCACACUUGCCCGUUCUAAGUGUUUGGGCGUAUCCCUCCGCCAGGAGCCUCCAAGCACAGAGGCCUUCUCUCUGCCAGGGCUCAGCCUCUAGCACCUGGCCCUGAUGCAGUGCCUGACCUCAUCCCUGUUCUUUCUCUCUGCCUUGGCCUUGGGGCAUUCCUAGGACCUGCCUCUUACCAGGAUGAACUCACUGGCUUCCUGGCAACUACUGCUCUUCCUCUGUGUCACCUCCUUGGGAGAACCCCUGGCGAAGGUGGCACCUGUGCAGAAUCUUAGACCCACAGGACAGAGGCUGGGAGCCCUGGCCCUCAUGGCCCCCUCGGCUCAGGGCCUGCGGUGUUCGGAGGAGAAGCCCCAGUCUGCCGGGCCGCGCCCUCGGGGGGCCUCGCUGUGCCCACCCGGCGAGAGUGAGAGAUCGGUGGAGCCCGCGCGGCCCGGCCUGUGCAUCGGACGCAGCCGCCUGAUCCCCGCACCGCGGGGCGCUGUGCUGGUGCAGCGCGAGAAGGACCUGUCCGCCUACAACUGGAACUCCUUCGGCCUGCGCUACGGCAAGCGGCAGGCGGCACCGGGCAGCUGCGGGGGCGGCGGCGCGCGGGGCUGAGCACGCAGGUGCAAGUGCAGGUCCGGGCCUUGAACUUCAGACCUCAGCCCGCGCCAGUGAGCAGGGCUGCGGGGCAACGGGGCGGCCCUGGAUAAAACAGAAUAAAAGAAUGCUGCUGA